GUCGCUCCGUGACUUCUUUCGAAACGCGCUGGGUUCUACGUGGACGUUGCAGUGAACGCACUGGCGCGCUCGUCCUAUCUCGUAGUGUGCAACGCUUUCCUAUCAGAGCUUGCCCAACAGUUGGCGUGUGACUACGCGCUUCGGAACUGAGCAAUAAUGCCCCAAAUCGGCGGAGUCCGGGGAUAACGACUACCCGAUAGCAUAUUCACAGCGGUGUUUGUAGGCGUUGCGCCGGAGCCGGAGGCUUCGGAAUCUCCCUACUCGCUUAGUUUCGCACCAGUGCUGAUCGUGGAAAGACGGACGUUUGUCGUCGACACUUCAAUUACUGCUCACAGAGGACGUGACCAUGGCCGCCAGCUCGCUCGGUUACUCAGUCCUCAAUUUCUCUGUGGACUUCUACAAGCAGCUAAUGGCAAAGGACCAACGGGACGCGAACAUCUUUUUUUCGCCGUUCAGCAUCUCUGCUGCCCUCUCGAUGGCACUGGGAGGCGCCAGAAGCAACACGGCUAAGGAACUGUCAGCUGUCCUCCAUGUCGACGCUGUCGAGGUCCACAGUCACUUUGCGAGCUUCUUUUCGAAACUUCCCGAUUACGCGGCUGACGUGAAACUUAACAUCGCCAACCGGAUGUACGCCGAACAGACAUUUCCGGUGCUGUCCAGCUACGUUGCGCUCCUUCGCGACAAGUACAACACGACGAUAGAGUCUGUCGACUUCAGGAACAAGUACGAGAGCGUUCGACAGGAAGUCAACUCGUGGGUCGAGAAGGCGACAGAAUCAAGAAUCAAGGACCUCCUUCCGAGCGGUACCGUGGACGCGAUGACGACUCUAAUUCUCGUAAACGCCAUCUACUUUAAGGGUUUAUGGAGCUCACGGUUCGACUCAAAGUAUACGCGCACUUCCGACUUCCAUCUGGACUCGAGAAACAAGACGCAAGUUGAGAUGAUGUUUCAGAAGUCCAGCUUCUCGAUGGGCCACUCCGAUGAUAUGGAGGUGGAAGCUUUGGAAAUACCGUACCGCGGCAGCAAGACAUCCAUGGUGGUGCUUCUUCCCAAGGACACCGAGGGGUUGUCCAAACUAGAGGAGUGCUUGACCGCUUCAGCACUUUCCAAGAUGUUGGAGAGCAUGCGCAGGUGUUCCAACGUCAAGCUCUACUUGCCGAAAUUCAAGCUGGAAGAAGCUGUCAGCCUGAAGGCCACGUUACAAGCAAUGGGGAUCAACGACUUCUUCGGACCGGCAGCGAAUCUUUCUGGCAUAAGCGACGCGGGGAAGCUAGUCGCUACCGAUGUGAUCCACAAGGCCUUUGUGGAAGUCAACGAAGAAGGCACUGAGGCUGCAGCUGCUACCGCUGUAGUUAUGAUGUGCCGUAGCGCGAGGAUGCCGGAAGAGGAGCGUAAAUUUGUAGUGGACCGACCAUUCAUGUUUCUUAUCCGAAGCCUUGACCCCGAGGUGGUCCUUUUUAUUGGCUCCGUUCGCCGUUUGUGAACAGAAAGUGAUGCGCUGAAAUGCGAGAAAUAGCUAGUACUGUUAAUAUUUGCUGCGCAAGACAGGCGCGCAUAUUACGUGAUUUAAUCUAGGUUAUAAUUGCUACAACUAUGCAUAUUA